GGCUUUCCGGACGUCCCCACCGGCCCAGAGGCUGUACCGCCUCCUCCGCCAGCCCCUCCCCUUUUGCGUGGAGUCGGCUUUGGUACGGAGGGAGCAUGCUGCCGGCUGCACGUCCUCGGCACUAGUCCUGGCCGCGGAUUCCAGGAUUCUAUAAGCAAGAACUGGGAGGGUAGGAGACAGGAGAGCGGAUAUAAUGACGUCAGCCAUCCUGGUGGACAUCCGAGAUGAAGUCACCUGCCCUAUCUGCUUGGAGCUCCUGACAGAACCCCUGAGCAUAGACUGUGGUCACAGCUUCUGCCAGGCCUGCAUCAUGGGAAAUAGUGACAAGUCAGUGCGCAGCCAACAAGGGAAGAGCAGCUGUCCGGUGUGCCGAACCACCUACCAGCCUGGGACCCUCCGGCCUAAUCGACACCUGGCCGUCAUAGUGAAGAGGCUUAAGGAGGUCAUGCUGGGCCCCGGAAAGCAGCUCGAGGUCAUUGUUUGUGCGCUUCAUGGAGAAAAACUCCAGCUCUUUUGCAAGGAGGAUGGGAACCUAAUUUGCUGGCUUUGUGAGCGGUCUCAGGAGCACCGUGGUCAUCACACAUUCCUCAUGGAGGAGGUGGCCCAGGAGUACCAGGAAAUGUUCCAGGAGUCUCUGAAGAAGCUGAGGAAAGAGCAGCAGGAAACUGAGAGGCUGAAAGCUCUUAUCCGAGAGAAGAGGGAGUCCUGGAAGAAUCAGGUGGAGCCUGAGAGACGCCGGAUCCAGACAGAGUUCAAGCAGCUUCGAAGCAUCCUGGACAGGGAGGAGCAGCGGGAACUGAAAAAGCUGGAAGUGGAAGAGAAGAAGGGGCUGAGCAUCAUAGACAAGGCCGAGGGUGACCUGACUCAUCAGAGCCAGUCACUGAAAGAGCUCAUCUCAGACCUGGAGCACCGGUGCCAGGGCUCCACGCUGGAGCUGCUGCAGGAUGUGAGCGAUGUCACAAAAAGGAGUGAGUUCUGGACCCUGAGGAAGCCCCAACCUCUCCCCACCAAGCUGAAAAGUUUGUUUCGAGCCCCGGAUCUAAAGAAGAUGCUGCGAGUCUUUCGAGAGCUGACAGGCGUCCAAAGCUACUGGGUGGACGUGACUCUGAAUCCGCAGACGGCUAACUUAAAUCUUGUCCUGUCUAAAAACCGGAGACAGGUGAGGUUUGUGGGUGCCGAGCCGUCCGGGCCCUCCUGUCCGGAAGAACAUUAUGACUGUGGCGUCCUGGGCUCUCAGCACUUCUCCUCAGGAAAGUACUACUGGGAGGUGGACGUGAGCAAGAAGACAGCUUGGAUCCUGGGCGUAUGCAGGGCCCCGGUGGAGCCCGUGUCCUCAUUUAGCCCCAGCAAGCCGCGGGCCAGCCCCAGGUACCGGCCCCAGAGCGGGUACUGGGUGAUAGGGCUGCGGCAUAAGCGCGAGUACAGAGCCCACGAGGACCCCUCCCCCUCCCUGCUCCUGUCCCUGAGCGUGCCGCCUCGCCGCGUAGGGGUCUUCUUAGACUACGAGGCGGGCACGGUCUCCUUCUAUAACGUCACAAACCACGGCUUACCCAUCUACACCUUCUCCAAGUAUUACUUCCCUGCUGCCCUUUGUCCGUACUUUAAUCCCUGCAGCUGUGUGGUCCCGAUGACCCUGCGGCGCCCCAGCGCGUGAGGGUCCGCCGCCCGUGCCGCCACUGAGCAGAGUUCCUUCCAGCACAUGAGUUUGCUCUCUGCGCUCUGUUCUCUGUGUUCCCCCGGUAGGAUACCCCACUGCUGAGAGUGGGCGCUCUUGACACUUCUUACGGGAAAGGUUUUCACAUCUCUCUGUUAACCGUUGUCUUUUGAUUUGUCACUUUUUGUUUGUUUUGAAACGGGCUGGCCUUGAACUCUGUGUAAAGACAGUGUCAUGGAGAACUGAUCCUCCUGCUUGUGCCUCUGGAGUCCUAAUUACAAGCACAUGCCUGGCUGUGGUUUUGCUUUAAUGUUUUAUGGUCUCCAUAAAUAGCUCAGGCUGGCCACAGACUUAGUCCUUCUGCCUCAGCCCCCACAUUCUGAUCAUAGAUAGGUCUAUCUCACAACACCUGGCUAAACAGGUAUUUGAUGGGUUUGUUGCUGUUGUUUUAUUUUUAACUGAUGUCCUUGAACAAAUUUUAAAAAUUCUCUACAAAUUAGGUGGGAGGUUUUUACCAAACAUUGAAUUCAAUAGAUAUAUUUUUUCUAGCUAUUGAGAUAAUUGUGUACCCUUUUAUUCUGCUGCUGGGCCAGCUACACUGAGUUGUCUCCGUUGUUAAGUUCACUACUGACUCCCAAAGUAAACAGUUACUACGCGUUACAUUCAGUACUUGAUCUAUUUUUGCUGACUCGUUGCUUAGGUUUGGUUUCAUCUAUAAACAAAACUACCUCUAUCUUUGCGUUCUUAUAGUAUCUGUCACGUUAUAGAACAUGUAAUAAUGGGCAAGAGAGUUAUAUAUGUAUACAUAGGAUUGAGUGCCUUAAAAAAACACCACUGAUAAAUAACAAUAAAAAACUCAAACUGACCAUUGAUAACAACAAUAAUAAUCUACUGACCACUAUAGUUUUGAUGGCUUCAAGAAGAGAUUGUAGCUUCGGUUUUUACAGUAAAUGCUGGCACAACCUUCAUCAUAUAAUUUUAAGAGUGGUAAUAAAAACAGAAAAUGUGCUUGAAAGGGACCUAAGGUAAGAUAAAGAAGAGAAGACAGAAAUGAGGAAGAAAUGCAGUUAACCACUUUCAGAGGGUAAUUUAUUCUGGCCUCCCCCGGCCGCUACCUUCUGUUGUAGAGGAUGAACUCAGUCAGGGCUUUUUAGGCCGGGCAGGCAUUCUCACACCAGGCUUGACAACCCAGUGACACAGAGUCUUACCAAGUCGCCCAGGCAGGCCUUGAGCUUGCAGUGAAGUCCAGGCCUCAGCAUCCCGAGUAACUAGGUUUACAGGCUUAAACUACCUCUUCAUCUCACCCUAGAACUUCUCUUUGUGCUCAAGUGCAAAUUCCAAAUGGCUGAGCUGCUAUAACUUUGCCGGAGAGCCUGCAAGCUUUCAUGUUCAACUGUGAAAAAAGUUCUGGUAGGCAUGAGGGUGGGAACGAACGUCAGGGGAGACAGAACAAGCGAUCUCGAGGGAUCUCACUAAGCAUUGUCUCACAAUGAUGAUAUGUUGGAUAGAUUGUUUUAAAUAAAACUUAGUACUCAUUUCA